CAUUGGAUAUCGAUUCUUAUGAAGAAAUGAUUGAAAUUUGUCAAGAAUUUAUGCUUAAUAAACAGCAAAUAUUGAAUAAAUAUGAUCAUGAAGAGCAGGAACCAAAUAUCACAACUAAGGAUAAUAGAAAGACAUAUAGGAAUUGUGGACACAAAGGCCAUAAUCACGCAACUUGUAAAGAAAACAUUAAUGUUGAUUAG